AUAAAGCGUAUCGCGGGCUAAAGUUGACCCAUGAUCCUCAUCAGACUACAACAAAAUAAAAUGCUAACUGGUCUCAGUGCAGGUGUUCCUACGAUAUGCGAGUAAAUGGCACAGAUCCUUCCUGUUUGCAAAGAUGGAGGCAGAGGGAACGUCGGUCCCGCGCUCACUCUCUGCUGAGUUUGAGGGGUCCUUUGCCUAUCUGACCGUGAGAGACCGACUCCCAACCAUACUCACAAAAGUAAUAGACACAUUACACCGCAAUAAAGACAAUUUCUUCAAAGAAUAUGGAGAGGAGGGGAUCCAGGCAGAGAAGACGGCCAUCUCUUUCCUGUCCAGGCUGAGGAAUGAACUGCAGACAGACAAACCUGUGCUGUCUCUGACUGAUAAUGCAGAGGACUCCGAGGCCUGGAAUGAAUACUUGCGAAAACAGCAGGACCUGAUGGAAGACGGGAGGCCUGUCAGCUGGUUCAAGUCACCAUGGCUCUAUGUGGAGUGUUACAUGUACCGGCGGAUCCAGGAGGCUCUGUAUAUGAAUCCACCGAUGGAUAAGUUUGACGCGUUUAAGGAGGGAAAGACACAAAGCUUCUUCCAAUCUCAACAAGCCAUUAAAUCCCUCUGCACAUACCUUCAGGAGCUCAUCACCAACAUGGAGAACAUGACCGAGAUUCAGCUGCGAGACAACCUUCUCAAAUUACUCCAGGUCUCUCUGUGGGGAAACAAGUGUGAUCUGUCCAUCUCUGCCGGUCAGGACAACUCUCAAAAGUCCAGUCCCAUCGAUUCUCUUCCUGAUCUCCAGCGCUUCAUCCUCGUGGAUGACUCCAGCACGGUUUGGUCAACACUGGUUGCUUCUCAAGGAUCAGGAUCAUCUGGGAUGAAGCAUGCCAGAGUGGACAUUAUUUUAGACAAUGCUGGUUUUGAGCUCGUUACCGAUCUAGUCCUUGCUGACUUUCUUGUUUCUGCAGGACUAGCCAAGCAGGUCAGAUUUCAUGGCAAGUCCAUCCCAUGGUUUGUCUCAGAUGUCACCAAACAAGACUUUGAGUGGACCAUCAUGCAGACCGUGGCAGCCAAUCACAAGUGGAUGUCAGCCAGCGGUGUCCAAUGGAAGCAUUUCAUGAAGGAGGGCACAUGGUCCUACCAUGACCACGCUUUUUGGACCUUGCCCCAUGAGUUCUGUGACAUGGCGGUGGAUGCAGCUGAUCUCUACAGCACUCUCCAGGGCUCUGAUCUGAUCCUCUUCAAAGGAGACCUUAACUACCGGAAGCUUACUGGUGAUAGGAAAUGGGAGCACACAGUUGCGUUUGAUCAAGCGCUGAGGGGGUUCCAGCCUGCCCCUCUCUGUAGUCUCAGGACACUGAAGGCUGACGUUCAGGUGGGCUUAGAGCCAGGCCAGGCCGAGAAGCUCAUCUCUCAGGAUCCAGACUGGAUGACUAACGGCAAAUAUGCUGUCAUUCAGUUUUCCAGUCCACGCAGAAAACAAUAGGGUCUUUUUUUUUAAAGAAAAGCGAGUCCUCACUAAAGAGGAAAUUGUUGAGAAUGAAGAGAUAAAGGAAUAAAAUGCACUGAAGAUGCUGGUUUAGUUACCAACAUGCCAAACAAGUGUGGUGUUGCUUUCACUUUGCUUGUGUAAAAGUUUUUGUUUGAAAGCAAAUUACAUAAUGAAUCCAACCGAUUCUGCAUAUCAAACACUGAAAAUAGUCUUUGCUGACAACUGAUCACAGUAUUUUUUUUUUUAAUAUAUUUUCUGUUUGCACUGCUGAUCUGUAUUGUGUAAGUACAGUUACUUAAACACACAGAUGUAAACGUGGCAAAAAAGAAAACAUGAUAAAAAUCCAAUGUGUUGUGUGGUAGGAUACACAGUAAAAAAUAAUGAAACUGAAUUUUAACUUCUAGUUAAAAGCUGAUGACCAAAACACCUUCAGAAUAGUGAAACAGGUAUAUGCAUUUUGGGCUAAAAAUGUGCAGUAUAUAAUUUUUUUUCUUCAAAUGUAGUAAUUUAUGGGCGUAGCGUGGAGUGCAUAAUUGAAAAUAAUGUAUAAAGAAUAAAACAAUUCUAGCAGAGUGAUGGCAAUAUGGAAUGUAUGAGGGUUUUGAAUGUAGAGGGAUGAAAAAAGCACAAAUUCACAAUGAUCUACUAAUGUCAUCAUAAGGAAAUGCUUUUUGCUUAUUGGCUGAAAAUACUGUAAAAAAAUACUGGCCAUACAUAUAUCAUCUCAGAGAGUUUUUGUUUACACAGUUUGGAUUGACUAGCACUUUCAAAGCAAGUUUACCAGGUUUUCUGGUGUGUGUUUGGAUGAAAGCUUCACCAUGAUUUCUUUUAGCUUAUUUAUGAGCAUGCUGGAAACGGAUGAGAGUCAGGAUAUCGUGUAUGUACUCAUACUUGUUAAAAUGCUGUUUUGAAAAUUUAAUGCAACUUAAUAAAGAUUAGAAAAACAAA